UGUGAUGAGCCGCGUUAACCUCGGACCCAGCUCCGUCUGUCCCGGUUAUCCACUUCUCGGGUCCUCGGGUCGUGUAAAAGGACUUUGUUAACUCUCUCUUUCUCUAUUUCUCUCUUCGACUCCGCCUGAUCCCUCUGAAAGAAACAGCCAUGGACGACUUGACUUUACAAAAAAUUGCAAUCUCAGGGCCAACCCUAGCCUCCAUCAUCCAACGGUUCUCGUUCUCUCAUGGUGCCGUUGAUGGCCUAUUAUUCGGCCACGUCACCCACAUCGCCCCUUCCAACCUCUCCGACGAUCACGCGUCUUCGUCAUCCCUUUCCGAUUCCUCCUCUCCGAUCGCCACUAUUACCGGAUUCCUCUGCUCCGGCACGACUCACAGUUUCUACGACUCUGCCGGGCAAAUCGACCCUCUCACCCUCCGUCGCCUCUUGGGCGAUCUAGACCAGCAACAUUCCCUCAUCGGAUGGUUCUCCGGUCGCCGGAAAACCCAUAUCCGACCGUCGUUCAGAGAAUUCUCGGUCACCUCUUCUCUCUCCUCCAAUACCCAUCUCUCGUUCCCCGUAAAGAACGCGUUGGGCAACACCAAUCUAAACCCUUGCGUCUUCCUCCUAUUGGCUUCUCCGUUACAGGACCAAACCAUCCACACUCACGAGUACAGGGCUUACCAGUUCCGUACUUCUACAGGCUCUUUCGAGCCCAAAUCUAUCGACAUUGUCAACAUUGGGCCUGCGUUUCGUGGGCAUUACGGCUCUUUUAGCCCUAAUUCACCAUUCCCAAUCUUGCCCUGCGAAUUGAGGACUUCGCCGAUGAGCGAGGACCAAAACGACGACACUUUGGGUGGCAUGAAGCUGUUCUCGAAGGACCAGAGGGAAUUGGAUAUGUGCGCUGAAGGGUUCGAGGUAGGAAGGUUGAGUAGGCUGAUGGGUUCUGAGGCCGUGAAUUAUACUGCUGUGUUGGAGGACUUGUACUCGAAGAUGCUUAAUAAAGUUGAGAGCUUGGCGAGGCUUGCGGAGAAGAGCUCCGCUAGGGUUCUUGAGCAGGAAAAUCAUAAUAGAAAGCUAAGGUACAAAGUUGCUAGGUCUGCGGCGUUGGAAUAAGUGCUUCAUUCCUGCUUGUUGUGUUAUUUUUGGUCAUACAGUUGAUAAUGCAGCAAUGUGCCGGAUUUGAUGCUUAUUGCUGAUAUGAGAAAGAUCCAGCUUUCAUGGCAUUGCUAAUGAUGUGUGAUGGAUUCUUUUGGGUGAUUUUGGAAUGAAGAAAUUGUAGAAUCUCCUUUCAUUCUGAGCUAGUCUUUGGCACAUUUUGUUAGUCUCGAAGAUUUGGAUGGCUAUAUGCUGCCUCCAUUCCAAGAAUAUUUCCAGCUCUUAUGUCUCUAUCAGCCCUGUGUAUUACCAUCUCUUUUGCUCAUUUCACUUCGUCAGGAACUCUCUCUUGUAUCAUAAGAGGAAUAUAAAGCAAAUGGGUUGUACAAUAUUUUGAUCUCUUAUCUUAUAAACAUUAAGAGGAAAUGAAAUCAUAGAGUUCCUGUAGAAAAUUAUUUCAAACUUUGAAGUUCAUAUUUUUUGCAAAUUUA